CUAUCUGUGAUCAGAGAUGGCGGGCACCUCCGACCCCCUGGAAGAUAUGCUCUUUUCAGAGGUGGACGAGAAAGCUGUGAGCGACCUGGUGGGCUCGCUGGAGUCGCAGCUCACCGGCCAAACGAACACCGCGGCCAAGACGGACGAGAACGGAGGCGCUGGCUCCGAGACCCCCGCUAACCAUCUCUUAGGAAAACCGCUACCAGCUUCAGUGGGCACCACAACACUGGAACAACAACAACAAGGACGGCGUAAUAAACCCGAGAUGCGCCCGGAGAUCAACUCCAAAGACGCGGGUCCGGAUAAAAGUGUCACAGCCGCUCCUCCGGGCUGCUCCCCGUCGGUCCGCGAGUCCUCCACCACCAACUCAUCGGCUGCCAGUGUGAGCGCAGCGGGCAGCAGCGGCUCGCAAUCACAUGGAGCAUCCAUCACAACACUGACGGCUCCUGGCGUGUCAACUUUGGCGUCUCCGCCCGCCAGCAUCAGCACCUCCCCCGCCACCAGCCGUGGCUCCAAGGGCUCCCCGGGCACCGGCGAGCCGUCCACGCAAGCCAGCCCGCCGAGAAAACGCUUCACCACGCCGCGGAGGAGCGCCGCGGCUCGGAUCAAGAGUUUCAACGGCGCCGCUGUGACGACGCGGAGGAACAGCAACACGGCGGGUGGAGAGACCGUCAGCCCGGUGGAUUCAAGUCCACCGAACCCCUCCACUCGGCCGCUGACACCCGCUAUCAACACUUCCACUUUCACGGUGUCUAACGCCAGCCUGCCCGAGGGUCAGUCCGCUAUUGCCCUGGACCGGGGGACGCCCACCAUCGCCCUGCACAGACUCCCCAGUCACAUCGUGGCCAGUAUCGCCCAGAACGGAAACGGCACCAGUGUCUCUGCCUUGGUCCAGCAGGGCAGCCGCAUCGGAGCCGUCACCAGCGCAGCUGCACAGGAGAACCACAGCAAACCGACCACAGACGCUGGGGCUUCCAAAGCAGACGAUUGUCAGUCCAAAAUUGUAAUGUCAAGCCAGCCUGUCAGUGUGAACUCUGUAACAAACUCCAUUCCCUCUGCACCGUCUGGUGUCACGCAAACAACAACAACAACAACAACCACCUCCACCACCACAGCAGCAGAUACAACAACCACAACAGUAACCCAGCCUCUGAGCUCUGCCACGGCUCCUGCUUGUGUCACAGGGGUGGCAACCAGCUCUGCAUGUGGCACUGGUCAGACUACACCAGUGACCACCCCCACCACUGUUUGCAUGGUUAGACCCACUGCCCCCUCGCCUGCACCUGCACCCGCUGUGGCCACCACCGCACAGUCUCAACCCCGUCCUGGACUCACAGCACCCCCGAGGAUUGUAGCCCCCCAGCUGAUUGUCAGACCACCUCAGCAGCAGACGACCAUUCAGCUGCCCCCCGGGUUUACCAUCCCACCGGGAAUGGUGCUGGUGCGCACGGAGCUGGGCCAGCUGGUCAUGGUUCCUCAGCAGGCUUUGGCUCAAGCUCAGGCUCAAGCUCAGGCCCAGGCCCAGAACAACAUCGCUCCUCGACCUGCGACCCCCACCACGGGAACAUCCUUCAGAGUCACGACUCCACAGUCUCCUGUGACCUCUCAGACCGCCAGGCAGUGUCCUGUGACCGUGACCAAGAUGGCACCAUCUCCCUCUCCCACUCCCUCCAGCCCUGCCUUACAGACCUCCUCCUCUUCCUCUUCUUCCUCCUCUUGUCCCGCGCUCCGCCCAAAGGGCCCUGUGGCACCGGCCAUUGCUGUGACGGCUCCGCAGCAGACCCCCGUGGUUAUGACCCCCCAGGCCCCGGCCCAGGCUGCCUCUCAGCCAGUGCAGCCUCCGCAGACGGGCAUCGCAGCGGCCCCCGGAGCUUCUGUCGUGGCCCAGGAAAUGCAAGAGAACGUAAAGAAGUGUAAGAAUUUCCUGGCCACACUAAUCAAACUGGCGUCUCACAACUCUCCGUCCCCUGCGACUUCCAAGAACGUCAAGUCUCUGGUUCAGGACCUGCUGGACGCUAAGAUUGAACCUGAAGAAUUCACCAGCCGGCUGCAGACAGAGCUCAAGUCGUCUCCGCAGCCGUACCUGGUGCCAUUUCUCAAGAAGAGCCUCCCGGCCUUGAGGCUGUCUUUGCUGAGUAGUCAGCAGACCCCGACCCAGCCCUUGCAGCAGGGAGUCAAACCAGCACCCUGCGGGGUCCCUCCCGCCAUUGUGAGUGGGCCAGCUGUCCGCAUACGCCACCCCAACAGCGUCAGCACCACCACGGGUGCCAGCGCGCUGCCCGCCGGGACCCUCGGACAUGCAGCUGCCAUGGGAAUCAAGACAGCGGGCGCUGUCGGUGGCCAGGUGCGGAUGCCUGUGGUGAUCACACAGUCUGUCAGAGCACAAGGCACAAUGGGGAAGGGAGUCGUCAUACAAGCGGGGAGAAGUCCCGUGGGCUUGGCCGUUCAGAUCUCUGGGAAUCAGAAAAACAAGCUCAACGACCCCGGAGGAGGCUCCUUCAGGGAUGAUGAUGACAUCAAUGACGUGGCGUCCAUGGCCGGGGUGAACCUCAACGAGGAGAGUGCUCGAAUACUCGCCACCAACUCAGAGCUAGUGGGAACUCACAUCCGCUCCUGUAAAGACGAGGCCUUUCUCCACCCGGGACUGCUGCACCGACGAAUACUGGAAACAGCUAAGAAGUUCGGAGUCACAGAGGUCCCCAUGGAGGCAGUGACCUUCAUCUCGCACGCCACACAGUCGCGACUUCGCACAGUGGUAGAAAAGGUUUCAUCGAUCGCACAGCACCGAUUGGACUCUUGUAAGGAUGAGUGCUACGAGCAGGCUGCAGACGUUCGCUCUCAGCUCCGCUUCUUCGAGCAGCUGGAGAGAAUCGAGAAGCAGAGGAAGGACGAGCAGGAAAGAGAGAUCCUGUUGAAAGCCGCUAAAAGUCGCUCCAGGCAAGAGGACCCAGAGCAAGCUCGACUGAAACAGAAAGCUAAGGAGAUGCAACAACAGGAGCAGGCGCAGAUGAGGCAGCGAGAUGCCAACCUUACAGCACUAGCUGCCAUCGGACCCCGCAAAAAACGGAAAGUGGAUUCACCUGGAGCCACGCCAUCAGGGGCCGAGGUUUCAGGCAGCACGGCGGGGUCCCCAGCCAGCUCCUCCGUCCCGUCCACCUCAUCACGUCAACGGCAACGCAUCACCCGCGUCAACCUCAGGGACAUCAUUUUCUACAUGGAGCAGGAGAGAGAGACCGCCCACUCCCUCCUCCUUUACCGUGCUCUGCUCAAGUAGCCUCUGCUCCGCUCAGCACCCACCUCAACCUCCUCCUCCUCCUCCUUCCCAGCAACGUGCCUUCAGAUCAGGUCUAAUGUUACAGCUCUGUGUCUCCAUAUGUACUGUAGUGAUGUUUGAUGUAGCGUUUGAUAAGACAGAAGAGAGAGAGACAAAAAAAUAUACAAAAAUAAGAGUCUUCUCUGUUUAGCCUCUCGGUGUGUAGUUUGAUCAUUCAGUUUGAAGACCCUGUUUAAAUUGUUUGUGUUGAAGGAUUUGUUGGAGGAACAAUGUUUUUGUGUCGCAGGACUAGACACAGAACAUAUUCCACGUAUGUUGGGUAUUUAUUUGACGUCACUGGCAGUAGCUUCAACGAUCCACCUCAAAGGAAGGAUUAUUUUUGAAGGAGAGAAGAUAAUUACAGUAUGUUAGCACCUCAAUACAGCCUGCGUUAUCUCCAUGAGCUAUUUGUUGAACGUAUGUUGAAAUCAAUAAAUGAGCCUUUUCCAGGUUUCCCGCACGGAGACAUCAUUUUUCAAACAUUAAGAUUCCAAAUAACAGCAUCGCGAUCAAGUUCUUUACGUGGAAAUAGUUCUUUUUGAAUUAUUUAACGGCGUGUAUAAUUUUAACACGUAGAAAAAGGAAUAACCCAUGUGGCAGUAAUAGAAAAAUCUGAUGUUUUGUAAAACCAUGUGCUUUGAUUGACUCACAUUUAGAAAUUUCACUCAGUUCCCCUGUUGUGUAUAGCAAAUACACAAAGACGCAAAGGUCAUUAAAGAUAGCCACAGUCUGCACUAUGACACCUGUUUGAGAAGGUGUGUUUUGGUUCUGAGAGGUUAAUAUUGCAGGUGUUGUUGUGAAACAGUAGUCCUGAUACCUAUGAUAAUGUGGUGCUGAUGAGCCAAAAGAACUGUGCUAUUUUGUUAUUUGUGACACUAAUGUGUAACUUAGCAAGAUGCUGUCCUCAUCUUAAAGCAGGUUACGGGCGGAUCUUCUGAUAUUUCCCCUGUAAAAUGUCACGUAGCCUAAAAUAAUGACUUUAUUCUUGAAAUGUCACGACUUUAUUCAAAAAAUCUCAGAUUAUUUCCCCCUUUAAAUGGCCCUAAUGCUCUGUUGUACAUGGAGCCCUCUUAAGCGCCCUUACACUUUAAUAAUGACUGAAUGUCCAAGCUACAUCAUGAAGAAUUGUAGUGCACAGCCCUUACACUAAUUUGUAUUUUGAUGCAAAGUUAAAUAUCACAGUUGUAUAGUAAAGUGUAACUGGAAAAAUGCCCUUGAAUGACUCCAGUCUAAAACUUAUUUAUAUUAUUCCCAUUUCUUUCUCUCUUUGUGUCACUGAUGGAAGAGAGGAGUAAUGCCAGCUUUUUACAUGUUGUCUUGCAUUGUCACCUUGUUCAUUAUUUUUGUACAAUCCUUAUUGUGUUUUACGUAAUAUUGUCUAGUAUGUUUCUAUUGUUUCUAUUUAACAAAAAAUCUCGGCCUCUAUGCAGCUUUUCUUGUCAUAUUGAAAUGUAUUUAAAUAUGGUUGACAUUUGGAACAAUUGUUGUGCAAUGUACAAUUUGACAGCACUUUUUUUUAUACCUAUUUUAUCUGACAACUGAAAGCUGUCACUUAAUAGCAAAGAAAUGACCGAUAAAGGAAAAACAAUAUUGCCAGUUUCUGUCAAAAGACAAUUAUUUUUAAACAAUUAAUAUAUUAAUAUUUCUCGGUUUUCUUUUUUUGUUUCUUCUUUUUAGGAAUUGGCUGUUAUUCAUAACAUGUUUUCAUAAAUUUGACCUCUAAUACACCUUGUUUUAAAAGCAAGCACAACAAGGAUUGUUGAGAUUUGAAAUUAUUUUAAUAAUGGUUUCUGUGGUUUCUUGUGGUUUCCCAGGAGGACAUUACUACUACUACUACUACUACAGCUUUUUAGCCAAAAUAUUAGGACAAUAUUACUGAUGUAAUUAGACAGAGGAAAUAAAAUUUCAUUAUAAGAAUGAUUUGUAAAUAUUGUUUACAAAACUAUGUUUAUUAGAACCACGUUAUUUUUGGUAAACUCUUGUACAUAUUUUGAGAAUUUCCUGUUUGUGUGAAAAAAACAUUACUUAUGUAUUUGUACCUAUUUUGUAAAGGAAUAAAUAAGCUGUUUACUAAACUGAG